GCUUACUGCUGUUCUGUGCCUUUACCUGCCUGAUAUACUACCAACAGCUCCCCGCACUAUACCUUGCCGAACCUUCUACGUCAUUCGAGUUCCCCUCCAACAGCCUUUAUUACCUACCGACCCUUUUGACAACACACCUUUGGGCGUACUGCAUCCAACCCAUAGAUUGAUUGGGUUCUCCACUUAUUAAUCAAUAACUGAAGCUCAAUUCGAGAUCACAUACACAUUAUGGUCGCAGAAACAAAGUUAUACGAUGCGCUUGGCAUCAAGCCGGACGCUUCGCAGGAAGAUAUCAAGAAAGCCUACCGGAAGGCUGCGUUGAAGUACCAUCCAGACAAGAAUAAAGAUGAUGCUAAAGCUGCUGAGAAAUUCAAAGAGGUCUCCCAAGCCUACGAAGUCCUCUCAGAUCCUGAGAAACGCAAAGUCUAUGAUCAAUUCGGCUUAGAAUACCUUCUACGUGGUGGUCCUGCACCAACACCCGGCGGCGGCGGUCCCAACCCCUUCGAGGGAGGCGGCAUGCCCGGUGGGUUCUCCUUUGGUGGCAUGCCCGGCGGCGGUACGCGCACAUUCCACUUCUCAACGGGACCGGGCGGCAGCGGCGGGUUCCAAUUCAGCUCCGCGGACGAUAUUUUCCGGAACUUCACCAAGGCCAGCGGCGGAAUGGGCGGUUUUGACGACGAUGACAUCUUCUCCAUGCUAGGCGGUGGCCUUGGUGGCGGAGCUCGCAGCGGCGGUCCGCGGUUCCGAAGCAGUCGCGGAGCGAGCGCCAGUGGUAAUGGAGCCGGCGCUGGGUUCCAGCGACAGUCGCAGCGGGCGCCAACUCCUGAACCGACGGUCGUGGAGAAGCAGUUGCCGCUGACACUGGAGGAGAUUAUGAGCGGUUGUAAGAAGACGGUUACUGUGAAGAGCAAGACGUUCGACGCGAGUGGGAAACGGACUGUGCAGGAUGUUACGCUGGAAGCGACUAUCAAGCCUGGGUUGCGGACCGGAUCGAAGAUCAAGUAUCGGGGUGUCGGCGACCAGGAAGAAGGUGGCCGCCAGGAUGUGCAUCUCAUUGUGACAGAGAAAGAACACCCCAACUUCAAACGCCACGGCGACAACCUCAUCACAACCGUCGACCUAUCCCUCAAAGAAGCCCUUACAGGUUGGACUCGCAUCGUGCGUACCAUUGACGGCAAGUCGCUCAGAGUCUCAAAGCCCGGUCCCACGCCGCCUGGGUACGAAGAAAAGUUCCCUGGUCUGGGCAUGACAAUCUCAAAGAAGCCCAGCGAACGAGGCGAUCUCAUUGUGCGGGUUAACGUUGAAUUCCCAAAGACGUUGAGUUCGAGUGCGAAGGAGGUGCUAAGGGAUAUUCUUCCUUAAUUGCCUAUUGGAUAGAUUUUCGUCAUGAUCUCCUUCGCUUUCUGUUUGGUCCGGUACAUAUACCUAGUUUUUAUUUUCAGCAUUGUUGGCGUUUGGGUGUGUGGCGAAUUUUCAUGAUAAUGAUGGGCUGCAGGAUUUCUUUACUCAAUGAAUGAAUGAUUAUGAUGCUAUCCCCUGCAGCAGAUCUGCCUAACAUUUCUAUAAAAGCAUAUUCACAUGUCUGUUUUGUCU